ACGACAAAAGGUUUGCAAGCACACGACACGACACCGUUUCACCUCUCUUCUCCCAUCCUCGUAUCUAAGUUCUCGAAGUUGAAAACCCUCUUCCAGUGUUGUUCGAUCUCCCCAUUUUCCAAAUUCACGCGCUCCUGAACUUCUUACUCGCUUUCACGGAAACCCUACUCUCUUUCUACAUAUAUAUACCAUAUACGUAGCACUGACAUAGACGGACCCCAGUGGAGUUGGACCGGACAAUGUGACCCGGGGAUGAGCAGAACCGGGGAAGACGACGACGACGAAGAGGGCUUCCACGACUCCCUCGACCGCCUCCUGUCUUCCUCAAACACUUCCUGUUCCUGCUCCCGUUCCAGCUCGGAAGACGAGGAUCCGAACUGCAAUUACAGCCCCGAGCCAGUGCCCAGGUUCCCCAUGGGCUUGUCUAAUAAAUACGAUGUAUGGAUCACCCAACCGUCUUCGGUUGAGGAACGCCGCCUCCAUCUCCUCCGACAAAUGGGCCUCACUAAAGAUCCCUCCCUCCUGCGCCACCGCCCCUCCUUGUCAUCUUCCGGUUGUUCACCUGACUUAUUUAACCGAUCGGCCUCUUCGGAUCACUUAAACACCAGUGAGAGCUCUUCCAAUAUUCAUAAUAAUUCGUUGACCCUUAAUAAUAUUAAUAGUAAUUAUGAUAGUGGUGGUAAUACUAAUGGGACAUUAUCCGGGAUUGUAAGAUCUAAAUCGGACGGGGACAGUAAUUCUUGCAAGAGUUUGGAGUUUUGCAUAAUCAAUUCGAAUUCCUCUUCACCAGGCAAGGAGGGGAUUGUUGGAACUGGUUUCCCUGUAAAGACUGAUAAUCAGAACAACAGGCAAAGCCAUUCUGAUGUUGAGAAAUCUAGAAUUGGCAAUGGAUCACCAAUGAUCAGUGCCAAAACUAAGAAUAAGCCGCCCAAAAGAGAGAUUAGAGAAGAUUCAACGUGCAAUGGUAACUUUAGUAGUUCAUUGACCAUUCCAAGGAAAGGCGAGUCUGAUGACGGUUUGGUGUGUAAUAAGUCAAAUACUGUCAAUGGGGUGUGUACAAUAAAAAAUCUGGAUAACGGGAAGGAGUUUGUGGUGAAGGAGGUGAGGGAAGAUGGGAUGUGGAAAAAGAUCAAGGAAGUGGGGACGGGGCGGCACUUGACCAUGGAAGAGUUCUCUUCUGAGAUGUGUGUCGGGACUUCGCCUAUUGUGCAGGAGUUGAUGAGGAGGCAGAAUGUAGAGGAUGGGAUCAAUGAUGGUUUGGAUUCAAAUGCAGAUGGGAACUGUGAGACUGGAUGUAAGUUAAAGAAAAGAGGGAAUUGGUUGAAGAGUAUAAAAAAUAUGGCAAGUUCUGUUACAGGGCAAAAGGAGAGGCGGAGUAGCGAUGAGAGAGAUACAUCAUCAGAGAAGGGUGGGAGGAGGUCGAGCUCUGCUACAGAUGAUAGUCAGGAUGUUUCCUUUCAUGUGCCUGAAAGAGUUCGGGUCAGGCAGUAUGGGAAAUCUGUUAAAGAGCUUACAGCGUUAUACAAAAGCCAGGACAUACAGGCUCACAGGGGGUCGAUUUGGACAAUUAAGUUUAGUUUGGAUGGCAAGUAUCUUGCUACGGCUGGAGAGGACUGCGUGAUUCAUGUGUGGGAGGUUAUUGAAUCAGAGAGGAAGGGAGAUUUGUUGGUGGAGAAAAUCGAAGAUGGAAAUUUCAAUCUUCAGUUUUUGGCCAAUGGAUCACCAGAGCCCUCUUCAAUGGCACCAAAUUCGGACAGUUACUCAGAGAAAAAGAGACUAGGGAAGUCAUCCAUAAGCCGAAAAUCAGUGAGCCUUGAACAGAUUUUGGUGCCAGAGACAGUGUUUGCCCUCUUGGAGAAACCCAUCUGUUCAUUUCAAGGACAUCUGAAUGAUGUACUGGACCUCUCGUGGUCCAAGUCUCAGCAACUGCUGUCAUCUUCAAUGGACAAAACUGUGAGGCUAUGGGACUUGUCUAGCAAUUCUUGUUUAAAGAUCUUUGCACACAGUGACUAUGUAACCUGCAUCCAGUUUAAUCCUGUUGAUGAUAGAUACUUCAUCAGUGGAUCCCUAGAUGCUAAGGUGCGCAUAUGGAGCAUUCCUGAUCACCAAGUUGUUGAUUGGAAUGAUUUACAUGAAAUGGUCACUGCAGCUUGCUAUACACCUGAUGGCCAGGGUGCGCUAGUUGGAUCAUACAAGGGAAGUUGUUGCUUAUACGACACAUCAGAUAAUAAAUUCCAGCAAAAAAGCCAGAUCAAUCUGCAGAAUAAGAAGAAAUCUCAUCAAAAGAAAAUUACCGGUUUCCAGUUUGCACCAGGAAGUACAUCAGAAGUGCUUAUUACAUCUGGAGAUUCACGAGUUCGAGUUAUAGAGGGUGUUGAUCUGGUUCACAAGUUCAAAGGGUUUCGUAACUCAAAUAGCCAAAUCUCAGCCUCCCUAACAGCUAAUGGAAAAUAUGUGAUCUCUGCUAGUGAGGAUUCUUAUGUAUAUAUCUGGAGACACGAAGUUGAAUCCCAACCAAACAGAAGCAAAGGUGUUACUGUGACCCACUCUUAUGAGCAUUUUCACUGUCAAGAUGUAUCAGUUGCAAUCCCUUGGCCUGGAAUGUGUGACGCAUGGGAAUUACAUGACACUUGCUUUGGAGUUCAAAGCAGUUCUAUUGAUAAUUUCGAGGAGGUUUCAACAGCCAACCACCCGCCUACUCCAGUCGAAGAACCUAAUGAUAGCGAGAGCUCACCAUUGGCAUUAGUCAACAACAGUAGUCCACUUAAUGGCAUGAUUUCUAGUGAUACAAAGAGCUACCUCUUUGAUAGAUUCUCAGUUAUGUGGCCGGAUGAUAAAUUUCUUUCGGCCACCAAGAACACUAGCCCUCGAGUUAAUGCUGAUUUGUCCAACUGGUUACACCAAAACAGGUCGGCAUGGGGGAUGGUAAUUGUAACUGCAGGCCUCAGAGGAAAAAUUAGGACUUUCCAGAAUUUUGGGUUGCCCCUUCGAAAUUAGGAGGCAAAGAAUUCUCUAGGAGUGGCCUACAGAUUUUUACACCUCAAAAUUUGCAAAAAUUGUACAGAUAUUUGGUGAGAUGGGCAAAGAUUAGCCAGUUCUCUAUUUUUUUCUUCUUGUGACAGUUGCAUCUGUGGCUCGAAAGCCUUCCAGAGGGCACUGAUAAGAAGUAAAUUUCUCAUGAUCGAAAAGACAAAUGAAAAAAAAAAAAAUGUAAAGACAUUAAACAUUGAGUUUAGAAACCGAUUGAUUGUCUGUAAUAGGAAAUUGUGGAGUGAAGAUAUGAUUCUAUUCCAA